AUGUCUUUUAAAAUUGUACAGACAAUUGAGUACGGUGUACAAAAACUGAACGUCGUUCCCACGCUGUGGGAAUCGAACGGUAUUGUCCGCUGGCCACCAAAGACCGUUAAAUUUGCGUCAAAAUUAAUAAAAGACGGAAAUUCAAGACCAGGGCCAGAGUGGAGCUCAUUUAAAUGCGUGCUGAAAAGAAAUUGUAUCCCGACUUUCGAAGAAGCGAACAAAGAAUUAUAUCAAAUGGAGCUUAAUACGGAUACUGACUACGACAACGAUAACUGUGGCGUGCCGGGGACGUCUCAUCCCGAUCUUGCAACCAAUGAUGAAAUAGAUUUUGACGCAAUGGCACAAAAUUUGGCACAUAUGGACAAUUCGCAACCGUCAGCAAGCGACAGCACAUUAACGGCAACCGUACUACAGCAAGACACAAUUCAAGUAAUUACCACGGGAGAUAUACACUCCAUGCUUGCAAAUCAAGCCGCAAUGUUAGAGAAACUAAACAUAGUUGUGGAAAAUCAAAAAAAAAUUGCACUUAAGCUGGCUUCUUUAGCAAUCCAAUUAGAGGAAACAAAAGAAAGACCAGUAAAUGUUGCAUUGCUACAAGACCAAUUAGGAUCGGAAGAAAAUGAAAGUUUUUCAAUAACGCCCAUUGAAAACCAGCAGCAAAUGGAAAUGUUGGAAGCGAAUCUAGCUGAUAAGGCCCAAAAAAAGAAGUUUUCCAAAACUUUAUCAUUGCUGUGCUCAUCUACAGUGGGUGGCGGUACAACGUGCGCAUACAAGCUACUGGAUGUAAUUUUCUCCAGAGAUUUUCUUUGCCAGUGUUCAUGGUCCGGUGGUAGCAAGGGAGAAAUUUCUAAAAUUCCUCUUAAAAAUUACAAAAACUUUAGGAAAUUUUUCUUUGAAAUUGUCAAUUCUUGGGACUCGAAGUUUACUGACGAUGACGCAGAAAAGUUUUUGAAGCUAGUCGUGAGGAAUGCUGCAAAACGUAAAGCAAUGAAAGGGUUACGCCAAUCAACAAAACGAACCCGCAAGAGUAGAAAUUGUGGAAAUGAUGUAAAAUACGGAGAAAAAUUACAAGACAGUGCCAGUAAAGAUAGAGAAGAACUUCAAACUGGUGAAGAAGAUGUUGCUACUGUGAGUAGCGGUGUAUAACGGGUAUCUCCAACUAUCUCGCGUUGUAUCUUUUUUAAGAUAUUUUUGUGAUUAAGAAAAUGUUAAUUUUACUUUCUAGUUUGAGAAAAAUAGAAGUUACUAGUGAUUGGCUCUUACUUGCCCUUUAAAUAUGAAUAAAUAGGUGUUACAGACGACUUUGUGAUUUUGUUUGAUCUUUUAUAUUAUGUGGAAUGAACACAAACAAUAAAUAAAAGGACAAAA